AUGUUCCAAAAAGGUGCAUCGAAGGUUUGCUGCAAAGAUGACGAGUAUGGUGAGAGCUAUAGUAGACAGCUCCGCCGCGGGUUCCGUGAGGGCGGGCCAGGGAGAUACAGGGCCUGGCCUGGCGGAAGAGGCCAGCCAAGGGCCCGUGGUGGUGGUGAACUCGAUGAGGGCCAUGGCCAUGUCCACGAUGCGAUGGAUGAACCGGGACAUGCAGGCGGGGAUGAGCAGGUUCGGCAGCAGCUGGACUGGACUGGACUGGGCUGA